AUGGAUCUCGUCAACAUUCUGGGAAGUAAUGAAGGCAUAGCCAGUCUGGGUGCGCAACUCGGACAGUUGUUGCAAAUGGAGAUGGUUCAUACGCCCGAGCCACCUUUUCAGAUUUUGGUACUUAUGGCUAAACUGGGAUCAACGAGUGAACGUGUAAGCCAAUUGAAUGAACUGCUUAAAGAAGACAUAGCGCGAGAUGACAAAAUCAUCAGCAUACGUGGCAUCCACAAGUUCUACACACUUCUCGGGGAAUGUAACGAUGGCUUCCGCAGAAUCGCUAUCUUGAUUGCUAAAGCGGGACCAGGAGUCCUCCUGAGAGUCAAAGAACACCAAAACAGGUGCAACAGCCAGGCGAAAGAGCAGUCUCAGGGUUCUCAAGAGAUGCAAUUACAAUUCGAAGUCGCAUGCUCUGAUGUUUUGGUCUCUUGUCGGACGCUGUCAGGCAUGCAGGGAUACAACACAGCUUUAGAUGUAUUGGAGAAGGAUCUGGGCUUUUGCGUAAAUGUACUGCGCUAUGCUUCAAUGAUGAGGCUGUGUCAAUCUGAUCAGGCUUCCGACGCACGUAAAACAGAAGCUCAAAUGUUCUCCUACAUGUGUGAAGCAUACAAGAAUCUCCUUGAAUACACGUCCUGCCAAGAUUCGACUGAUGAUAGACAAGCCAUAGAAGAUAAUGGACACGGUCCGAACCAGGAAGACUCUGCUGUGGCUGACGUGACGAUCGACGAUGAGCGGGAAAAGCAAGCCUCAGCGUUCGUUCAAAACUGGUCUGCUUCAAGUUGUGACGAGCAGACAUUCAUCGAGCAGAUGCACGACUUAGGCAUCGAAUUCAAGGGCCUUCAACUCACCGUAGAACCUCACCGAAGGACGUUUCUAGAGCUACCGAUUAAUACUCACGAGCUUGUUCAAAGAAUGAAAAAGUACGAAAGAAAUGAAAAUGCCGAGCUUGUUAGCACCUUUGAGACGUUCUGCUCCUACACAAUCAUCGAAGCUUCUCCACCUUGA